UACUUGGCACGAAAACAGCCAUGGAAUAUAGAAAUGAAGGAAUAACCCAAAUCAAACUCAGCUGAGUGAGUGAAAGUUGCUGCAAAAAAUUUUCUAAAUUCUUCAAAAUUUCUAAAAUCUUCUCUUUCGUAACUUCUGAAUGUUUAUAUGUAUGUAAAUAUAUGUAUAGACAAUGACGGAGCUGUGGCAUCCUCUUCAAUUCUCCAGCCCCAAAUUUGGAGUCCCCAGUCGCAGGCCACAUGUGGCGCCGCUUCUCCAAGGACACGGUCAAAUUCACCUCCUCCGGAACACUCCCGCCGUGAAAACUUCGGCGACGGCCAGAGCACCCGAGGCGGCCGGCGGCAAGAUGGUUGUGGAACUGGUAGGAGCCUUCAACGAGCUAACGGAGAGGAUGAACGUGUUGUCUACGUGCUCAUCUCGUAUCCUCUUCAAGGCUCUCAAGAUCUCCAUCCCUAUCCUCCAGCAACUUCCUCUUUCUCCCGAUGGCCGCUCGCCCCUUUCCAGGGCCUUAUCCCUCGCUCUCCUUCUCGCCAAUCUCCAGAUGGAUGCGGAAGUUAUUUCAGCCAGCAUUUUGAGAGAGGUUCUUGAGGCAGGCUUAAUAUCCAUACAUGAAGUAAGAGAUCAGAUAGGUAUUGGUACUGCUCAUCUAUUGCAUGAAAGUCUACGAAUGAAAAAUAUGCCUUCAAGAAUUGAUGUUUUGGAUGAUGAAAGUGCCACUGCGUUAAGGAAGUUCUGUCUCACCUAUUAUGACAUCAGGGCCAUUAUUCUAGAGUUGGCUCUUAAACUUGAUAUGAUGAGACAUCUUGAUUACCUGCCAAGAUUUCGUCAGCAAAAACUUUCCUUAGAGGUCAUGAGAAUACAUGCGCCCUUAGCUCAUGCUGUUGGAACCAACUAUUUGUCACUGGAGCUGCAGGACCUUUCAUUUCGCUACCUGUUCCCAUAUUCCUACCUUUAUGUGGAUGCCUGGUUAAGAAGCCAUGAGGCCGGGAGUAAACCUCUGAUAGAUAUUUACAAGGAACAGCUGCUUCAAUCCUUAAAAGCUGAUUCCACUUUGGUGGAUUUGGUAAAUGAUGUCUCAGUCAAAGGCCGUUAUAAAAGUCGUUAUAGCACAAUGAAGAAGCUGGUGAAAGAUGGACGGGAGCUAGAAGAAGUAAAUGAUAUUCUUGGGCUGCGGGUCAUAGUGAAGCCUAAAUCUGGAGUAGAUAUGUCAGAAUUAGGUGAGAAAGCAUGCUACAGGGCACGUGAAAUUAUCCAGUCUAUGUGGAAAGAAAUGCCACACAGAACCAAAGAUUACAUUGCCAAGCCCAAGGCAAAUGGGUACAGGAGUCUACAUAUGGCAGUGAAUGUGAGUGAGGAUGGCAGGACCAGACCUCUAAUGGAGAUACAAAUACGAACUACUGAAAUGGAUUUGUUGGCUGCUGGUGGGACUGCAUCCCAUUCCCUGUACAAAGGUGGUGUUACUGAUUUAGAAGAGGUCAGCACUCUGCUCUUCUUUUGAGAA